CCCUCCUCUCCGACUUGUCUCCAAUUUUUCUUUUUCUGUCUCGGGAGGCGGUCGAUUCUUGGCCUUUAUGCUAUCUUUGGGAACAGGAGUAGUCUACCUACCUAAAUACCUAAAUCAUAGCGAUGCGAAGACAGCCGUGGUCGUCUAUGUAUCAUUUCAGAUCGCUCAUUUCUCCGAAUAAGUGAUUCGAAUUCAAUGUUGACUAGGAUGCAGAGGCUUAAACCCCUAGAAUGCGGAGAUUGUCCUCCCGUCGGUUAACUAAAGCUCUUGAGUUGACCUUCGAUGUGACUAUACCAGCCAGGGAUAUUCGCAAUGUAGUUAUGAUAUAAGUUGUAAUGUUGUAGCGAACGAUCUUUGGGGUCAUCUCCAGCUGCCUUCGCCUCGUGGUAUCUUACCAAAUACCCAAAGAGAACCCAAUGAAGAUGUCGCCACUUAUACUGUCUUGUCUUACAGCGUUCGUGACUGUUGCACUGGCCAUAUCGAAUAAUGGCAGCGUACCGCUGUAUAAGAAUUCGUCGGCCCCGGCCGAGGACCGAGUCGCUGACCUCUUAUCGCGGAUGAGUAUCGAAGAAAAGACGUCCCAACUUGUCCAAGGGGACCUGAGAAAUUGGCUCGAUACCAGUGAUGGCAGUGUAAACCACACGGGUCUUGAAUGGAGCAUGCAGUCACGAGCUGGAUCAUUCUACGUGGGUAUUGCCAUACCUUGGGAGAUGCUUAGCAAUGGCGUCAAAACCGGCCAAGACUAUUUGAUACAGAAUACGAGCCUAGGUAUACCAGCUUGGGUGCAAUCCGAAGGCAUACAUGGGUUUUUGAUCCCGAACGCCACUAUUUUCAACUCGCCCAUUGCUCAUGCUUGCUCCUUCAACCCAUCACUAGUAGAAAAGAUGACAAAGAUUAUUGCUCAGGAAGCUCGCGCUCUAGGUGUAAAUCAGAUAUUUGGACCUCUUGCUGAUUUGGCUCGCGAAUUGCGGUUUGGUCGUGUAGAGGAGACGUUCGGAGAAGACAGCUAUCUAACGGGCGAACUCGCUCACGCAUACGUCAAGGGCCUCCAGUCAGGAAAUGUCAGCGCUAUGGUUAAACAUUUUGCUGCCUUCGCGACACCUGAGCAAGGUAUUAACUGCGCACCCGUUCAUGGUGGAGAGCGUGAGCUACGCACCACUUAUCUUCCUUCCUUCAAACGAGCAAUCAUCGAUGGUGGCGCAUUUUCGAUCAUGUCAGCCUACCACAGUUACGAUGGAGUACCCGCAGUUGCCGACAAGCAUACCCUUACUGAUAUCUUAAGGGGCGAAUGGGGUUAUAAAUAUUUCGUGAUGAGCGAUGCGGGAGCCACGGACCGCCUGUGCAAAGAUUUCAAGAUGUGUAGAUCUGACCCCAUCGAUUCUAAAGCCGUAGUUAAUUAUGCACUUCCAGCUGGUAACGACGUUGAGAUGGGUGGUGGAUCCUUCAAUUUUGAGAAAAUCCCCGAAUUGGUUGAAUCGGGCAAGCUGCCCAUCGACAUAGUAGACGAAGCUGUCUCCAGACUAUUGCGCGCGAAAUUCGAGGCAGGGUUAUUUGAGAGCCCCUUUACUGGGGUAUCGGAGGCCGAACAAGCUAAAUACAUCAAUACACCCGAAGCCGUCGAACUUGCCAGACAACUAGACGCGGAAUCUAUCGUACUCCUUGAAAAUCACGAAAAUGUACUUCCCCUCAAAAAAGACGUAAACAUUGUCGUUAUCGGUCCAAUGGCUCAUGGCUUCGUAAAUUACGGUGAUUAUGUUCCCUUUAAAUCGCAGUACAGAGGCGUUACACCACUAGACGGUAUCAAAGCGGCGAGUAUCGGAAAAGUUACAUAUGCGAAAGGUUGCGAGCGCUGGUCGAAUGAUCAAUCUGGCUUUGCCGAAGCUGUCGCAGCAGCGGGAGACUCCGAUGUAGCGGUUGUGGUCGUAGGUACAUGGUCGCGGGAUCAAGAUGAACUCUGGGGUGGUCUCAAUGCUACGACGGGCGAGCAUGUCGAUGUCCACAAUUUGAACCUCGUUGGUGCUAUGCCGCAUCUGGUCAAAGCCAUUAUCGACACAGGGAAACCUACCGUCGUCGUCUUCAGCUCAGGAAAACCCAUUACCGAACCUUGGAUUUCAGAUGCUGCGUCGGCUCUUGUGCAGCAGUUCUACCCUUCUGAGCAAGGGGGUUAUGCUUUAGCAGAUAUUCUUUUCGGUGAUGUUAACCCAUCCGGGAAGCUAUCUGUUUCAUUCCCCUACGAUAUUGGGACCACGCCGAUUUACUAUGACUAUUUGAAUUCGGCACGGGCUUACCCCGAUCCAGGUGUUAUUAACGCCGACGGAUCUAUGCAAUUUGGCCACAACUACGUGUUACAGAGCCCUCUGCCACUCUAUGAGUUCGGUUACGGCAAAUCUUACAGCACUUUCACAUACUCCAAAGUGAAGCUCUCUCGAUCCACCGCGUCUCCAACCGACACAAUAACGGUCUCAGUCGACAUCACCAAUGACUCGACACGCGACGGCGCUGAAGUAGUUCAACUUUACGUCCAAGAUGUAGUAGCUAGCGUUGUGGUGCCUAACAAACAGCUACGGGGCUUUUCUAAAGUCUUCAUAAAGGCUGGCGCUACCGAGACUGUAAGCAUCGAUAUCAAUGUCGCUGACCUAGGACUCUGGGAUAUAAAUAUGAAGUACGUUGUUGAGCCUGGCGAGUUUAUCAUUCAUGUUGGUAGCUCAAGUAAGGAUAUUAGGAACAAUGCUACGCUCACUGUUGCUUCUUAGACAGACACAAAGAC